AUGGAUGCUAUAAACAACUUUGCUCAAAAACUCGAAGGUGUACCAGGCUAUGACAUGGCCGUUGAUUGGAUCAAUGAUAAGGCUGGGGAAAAGUAUCAAACUAAAGAUCCAUUUUACGUUGAAAUCCAUGGCAAGAAGAAGAGAAGAAAAGCUCCAGAAACUUGUUCAAAACAAGAACAAAAAUCUUGGAAAAGAGUCAAGAAAAGGGCUUGGUUAGAUGAUAAAAACUUCUUUGGUUGUUAUCCUAUUGAUUUAGGGUUAGGUCUUGCCCCAUUAUUAACUCUUGUACCAGUGAUUGGCCCAUUAUUAAUGUUUGCAAUUCAUGGACGUUUAGUUUCAAUAGCUGAUCAAGAAUUCCAUUUACCACCAGCAACAAUUGCCAAGAUGCAUGGGAACAUUGGAUUUGAUUUAUUAAUAUCACUUCCCCCUAUAAUUGGGAGUUUAUUUAGUUGGAUGAAUGGUUGUUCUACAAGAAAUGCUGCGAUGGUUCAUACUUUUCUUGUCAAGAGAGAACGCGCAAAGGAAGAGGAGAGAUUACAUCAAAUGAAUGUAAAUACAGAUGCACCUGAUAAUCUUUCAGGUGCUCACUCAUUUCAAGCUUAUCAGAAUCAACGAAUCAAUUCAAAUCAAACGUCACAAGGAACUCAGUAUAAAGGUAGAAGUUCUCAUCAAGAAAAUAUAACACAACCUCAACAAGCAUUCACCAGGCCUCAACAUCAUCAAGUGCCUCCAGGCUCACCAGCCAUACGCCAGGAAAUACCCACAGUGUUACCUCAUUCUGCACAACAAUCUAGAAAGCCACCACCACCAGAAACAUACGCUCAAAACACCAGUAAUUCAACUGAUUAUGCACAGGAACGGGGUCGUCAAUUCUGA